GGAAAUACAAUAAGAGUACAGUGAACCUUUACCAAGUAGGUUACUUAUUUUAAACAUGAGGAGGCGCCAAUUCUCUUCUCUUCUCGUUGUCUGUGUGGAAUAUAUUUGGGAAGUGACGUCAGACGUUUUAAACCCGGGCCGGGCGACGGCGGGCUGCUGUUGAGAUGUAAACAGUCCAGAUAGUGCAAGAGAGAUACAUUCUUUUGUCUAGAGAAAGGAUUGUUGUGUAAUUGAUUUUACGUUUUUGUGUUAUUGUUUUUAUUUUCUUAAUUUUAAAACGUUUUUGGAAAUAAAAGGGCAUACAAUGGAACUAAACAAAAUAAUCCAAGAGGCACUGUAUGAGUUCAUCCAACCCCAUAUCCCAGAUGCUGAUAUUAGUACACUAGAUGAAGUGGUACUGUCAUACAUCACUGGUGUUUUGGAGGACCUUGGAUCUCAGGACUGUGUGGAGGAAAACUUUGAUGUUGAGAUGUUUGUAGAAAUGCUGGAGGCUUAUGUACCUGGAUUUGCUGGAAUUGACAAUGUCAAAGUAUGUGAGAUGAUGUUUAAUCUAGCAGUGGCACUAACUAAAGCCCGGAACAAAGAACAUGUCACCCCAAAGACACCUGCUGAAGUUUCAUCAGCUAACAAAUGUGAUUCCAGUACAGAUUGGUCCUUUAUAAAUGAAAAGCACUACUCUUCAGCACAGCCAGAGGGAGCUACAGCAAAGGAAGUUUCCAAUGAGGAGGACAAGCAGGUGCAGCUUCUUCUGGAAAUGUUCCCCACAUGCAGUAUAACAGAUGCCAGAAGUGCUCUCUCCAUAUCCAAAUGGGACAUUCAAGAAGCUGUCCAGCUUAUAAUUGAGGGAGAUAUGGAGUUGAACCAAAGCCUCCCACCUAAGAAAAACAGUUUGAAGACAACUCCUGAUGAGAAGCUGAAAGCAAGCAUUCUUGAGAAGUACAUGUUAGUGGACAACAAAGAAGAUAAGACAAUUCACAGGCCAGUUAACCCCAAGGAGGCUCCGAAAAAGCUUGUUCGUUAUAUCGAAAAUCAAGUGGUGAGCACUAAGGGCGAGCGCUAUAAGCAGGUCAAGAAAGAAGAAUGUGAGGAAAUGAAGAAAACCUACGUCAAUCUGAAACCUGCUAGAAAGUACAGAUUUCAUUGACCCUUCCUGAAGGUGAGGACGUUUUGUUCACACAAUGUGUCUCAUAUGAAUGAGCCUCCCCUUGUGUGAGCACAGCUGAAAGUGAGCCGUAUCCUGUUUUACAACUAGACACCAGGGUGGGUAUUUUACAUAUCUGUAUAGACAGUAGCAUUGUGUUUGAUCUCUGCUUUUACAUUCAUGUACUAGCUAAAGCUUCAGCAAGCCCUACAUGUAUAGGAUUGACAUAGAUUUAGGUUACCUUUUAGAUAAUGCACUGAGAAUUCUGUCUGAAAAUCAUUAUUAUUAUUUCUUGUUUUAUUUAUUUAAAUUCUGUAUUUUUGUUCUAGUUUAAAUAACAUUUGUGGGGCUUGUAAUGGUUUACAAAAUGUAACCCCUUUAGAGAAGUGUAUGAACAAUGUUUAACUAUAGCAGUUUAUGUACAUUGUUGCUUCAGAUUAACCCUGUCUUUUGACUGGCUUUGUAGCUCAAUGCUUGUGAUCUGGAAUGGCACCUAGUGGGCAUUAUAUGGGUUUUAACCAUCUUGUUUACCAAAAAAAUACUUGUAACCUUAUGCUAUUGCUGCUGUUGUCUUUUUAAGUGUAAUGUGAUGCACUGAAUAUUAUUUACCAGUAAAAUGUUUAUUUUAUAGAUACUGAUCGGCAUGCAAGUAGCUGUUGUAAUUCACAGCUGCCUUUUGUAAAUAUUCUAUUUCUAGUCAGUUUCAUCUUACUUUUUUUGACAAAACAAUAACAAUAAAUGAUAAAACAUUCAGAA